CGCUCGUACUACUAAUAAAUUGCCUUCGCUCCUCUCCCGUAGCAAAGCAGCAGCAGUAUCAAUCUUGGAUCACGUCCCGCACGGCCCAUCCUUUCGUCCUCAAGAAGCAAAAGUCGCUUUCGUCCCUGCCUGCUACUGCUAGUCGUCGCCGCCGCCGCCGCCGACGACGACGACGAUUCAACCCCCCCUCCUCCCGCGCCGCCCGCCCAUGUCGAUCCAGGGCCAGCUCCUCGAGGUCAGAGUGACGGGGUGCAGGAAGCUGCGGGACACCGAGUUCUUCUCGCGCCAGGACCCCUACGUCAUCAUCGACUACGCCAACAACAAGCUGCGCACCAGGACAUGCACCGAUGGAGGAAGGAACCCGUCCUUUGACGAGAAGUUUCAUAUACCACUCAUCGAGGGGCUCCGUGAGCUGAGUAUCAACGUGUGGAACAGCAACACAAUCAACACCGAUGACUUCAUUGGCAGCUGCAGGGUGCCGCUGAACAAGGUGCUCACGAGUGGCUUCGAUGACGCCUCAUGGCCCCUCCAGACACGCCAUAUGAAGUCUGCCGGGGAAGUGAUGCUCAUUAUGCACUUUGAUGUCUCAGCAAUGAAGAACAAGAUGGCAGGUAAACCUACUGGCCAAUAUGCACCGUCCCCAUACGGUGCCUCCUCAGCUUCAUACCCAGCUCCUUCAGCAUAUGCUGCAGCACCACCACCGCACCAAGCUUAUGCAGCUCCUGCCCAUGCACCAUAUCCUGCUCCUUCUGCAUACUCAACCCCACCUCCUCAGCAGCCGUACCCGCACCAGGCAUGUCCUCCUACAAGUCAACCACCACAGCCUUAUGGACAACCGUACCCGCCGCAGCAGCUGUACGGGCAACCGUACCCACCGCAGCAGCCAUAUGGGCAGCAGCCGUACCCGCCACAGCCAUAUGGGCAGCCGUAUCCACCACCUUCAGCAGCACAGUCCCCUUAUCCACCUGCGCCGUACCCCGGAGCUUAUCCACCGCGGCCAUAUUGAUAUACCCAGCUUCGGUGACUGACGUGGCGGCAUAGAUGAUGAUCAGUUCUGGCCGCUGAGUUGUUUCAAAUGGAUCACACCAAGCCUACUGAAGAUCAGUUAGAUAACUCAAACAACAUGUAAAUCGUCUCCUUUGCGCUAGUGUUGCGAACAGCCUAGCAACCAUCAGAAACGUUUAUUCUCUCUGGUAUGCACUAUAUAAGUAGCUUGCAGACUUCUGUGACCAAGUCAGUUCUAUAUUGUGGGUUUGCCAAGAUGGUCAGGCGCCUUGCUUCUAGUUUGAAAUCCCUAUUGACUAUUCGGCCAGUAAACCUAAUUAUAGACUUAUAGUGCCGCCUGCUUGAACGACAGCGAAUGCACUGGUGGUUGCCGGCUGCAAGGUUGAAGCACCUGAAACCCCUGGUAGUGUUUUUUGAUGCUCAAUAAAUUUGCUUUGUUGGUAUA